AAGCGGGGCGGCGAAGAAGAAGAAAAAAAAGUGGGCGCGGGAAUUUGUGUUGACAACUGUUUAGCGCGUUGGCUUCUUUAUCGUUCGUUUGCGGUUUCUUGGCUCUAGAAAAUACAGCAAUAUUGUAAAAGUCUCGUUUAUAAAUAAGGGAAAUGUUAACAUUUUUGUUCUGGUUGAGAGUUUUACGAACUGAGCCAGCUAGGCAGCUAAUGCUAGCUAGCUAGCUAAAAACAAUAUUGAAUUCAAUGAGUAUCCAUCGCUACGUUAAGCUAAGCUAAGCUAAGCUAAGCUAAGAUAAGAUAAGAUAGAAAGUUUGUGCUGAAUUUACAGAAUAAACUCCACCGGCGCUGACGCUUUUCUCUUACGAUGGAUCGAAAGAUGAUGAAUUUGGGGCGAGCGAAAAAGAAACUUCGUUACUUUCAGUCAGAGGAAAGCACUCCAGGUCAGCUGAAGAUUAAAGAUGUCUUUAGUAUGCAAGACCUUGACAAUAUUUUUGACGAUUUAGAUUCUGAUCCGGGGACGCCGCUGCUCUCACCGCUGCCCAAGAGCCCGAGGUUAGACGAGCAAAAUAAAGGAAGCCAGUCGCCGGUUCUGAAGUCACCCUUACCUUUCAAAGGGCAGAUCAGUCCUCUCAAGGGUUCAGAUGUCUUGGCAGCGGAAGCCGACGUUCAGACGGAUCAUUUAAACGAUAAAGCAGGAAGCCCAUUUGAAGAAAUUGCUCCUAUUAAGACCUCCAGUCCUAUUGAGCUGUUAGCAGUCGAGGGCUUUGCAGAGGAUGCAGAAAAGCCCGAAACCUCACCACUGCUCUUCGUCAUCGAGGACGAGGAGCCAGUUGUUGGUGACUUGAGCAAACCACAGAUGAAUCAGAGAUCAGAAUCUCCUAAUGUCGUUCCUGAAGGGGACAGUGAAUCGCUGGCAUCUCCUCCAGCACGAUUGGAGUUUGGAAAGCCCCCAAAGCAGAAUGAUCCUGUAACAAGCUCAACACCACUAAAAGCACCAGAAGCACCAGACCAAGUGUGUGAUGCAUCAGCACCGGAACCUGAGGAAGAGUCACAAACGGAUGGACGCUUAACUUUAUUCCCAGUAGUUUUGAUUCAAAAGCAUCUGCCUGAACAACUGCUGGAGGAGCAACCUAACAGACAGGUGCAAGAAGUGGCAGUGGAAGUUGAGGUUAAACAAUUGUUGUUCCAGAAAAAGCUGAAAAAUUCCUUACAGCCUAAAGCCUCAUGUUUCAGGAAACAGGAAACCGUGAAACAACCAGUUCGUGCUCCUUCACCACACGUUCAGGAGGAAGACUUCAUGAUCCUGGAAGAUGACAGUCCCAUUCGCUUCACCAUUCCGAGGAAGACCGAGAUUAAAGCAAAACCUGCGCCAGAGAGUGGGUCUGCGAUGCCGGAUUCGAAAGAGAAAGCGUCUCCGAAGCAGACCGAAGAAGCUGAGAACCACAAAGAUGAACCCAAGAAGAAAACAAAGGCAAAGCGUGGAAAGGCCAGUGACAUGACCACUAAAGACAGCGCGGUUCAGUCAGCUCCAGAAGAGAGGGAGGAGGAAGCCAACGAAGACGUGGGAGAUGGAGAACAGAUCUGUCUUUCUCCAGACACCAAUCAGGAUGCUGAUAUACCUGUUACAGGUAAGCAGAGACCAAAAGGCAAAACCUCUAAUCAGCAUGGCAGCAAAGAUGGAAAUGAUGGUGGUGGCAAAAUUCCAGCUGAAAAGCCUACAGCUAAAACAAAGAAAUCUGCAAACUUGCCCACCAGUACUAUUGCAGGACAAGAAGAGCCUGCGUCAAACGUGAAGAAGAAACCCAGGAAAAUAAAAUCUGCCAUAAAGGCAGGUGCGCCUGAGUGUACAGGUUUAAGCUCUGCAAAAGCAAAGACACAAAAUGAAGACAGGAGGACGAUAACGAAUAAGAAACGGGCUAAAGAACAGGAGCAUGUGGACGAGGUGCAAAAUCACACUGAACCACAACCGGAGGUUCAGAGCACGAGUACAGUUAAUAAAGCAAACAAAGAGCCUGCACCUAAGCACCGUGCUCCAAAGAAGCCACUAAAGGUAAAGAAGACCGAGAAAACAAAAGAAAUCUUUGAGGUAAAGGAGCUCCCUGUGCCUGAGUCUGCAGAUGUUUCUGCAGAGAAUCCUGCAAGCAGCAGGAGGAAAAGAAAACCACCCGGUGAAUGGUGGCUCACGCAGCACGAUGAGAAUAGCAUGCAGGAGCAACAAAAUGCAGUUCAGUCUGCACAAGAGCUCAAAUCCAACAGGAAAACCCAAAGGAAAGCUCCAGUGUUAACAGACUCGACCGAAGAAGAGUUCGUUACGACUUCUCGGGAAACCCGGAAUGAGCCUGUUCCUGUUCAGAAGCUGCCUAAAAAGGUGAAGAAGUCACAGACUGAUAAAUCUGUGUCUAAUCCUGCUGGUUCCCUGAAAAAUCCCAAAUCGGCAGGUGGCAGACGGAAACCAAAGCUAGGAGCUCAAGACCAUCAUGAAACGACACCAGCUCUGAGGGUUGCAGAAGAGGCGAGAGAUAAUGAGGUUUCAGGGCAGCUCAGUCCAGAGGUGGCAUGUAGUCGACUUCCUAGACAGCGCAGUCUAACUCCAGGAGAUAAAAGGGUGUUUGAUAAGAUCUACACACGGGAAGAUCAGAGCGGAUCUGCUCAGAAACGUCCUCCACGGUUACCCGAUGCCCUGGAGAGUGUUCCGGUAAAACGCCAGAGAAAAACACCUCGGAACUGGUGGGAGGUUCCACAGUCUCAGGGACCUGUCGAGAGCUCUCGGUCUCCACGAAAUUCUUCUCCGCAAACAUCCAGACCACAGAUGGGCCCUCCGCAGAGUGCGUUUCGUAAAAUGGACAGUUUAAAAAAGACAGUGGGCCGUAGCCGGAAAAGUACUAAAACGAACAACAUGGUUAACACUCCAAAGUCAGUCAGAAAAUCGUUGGCGACGUUUGAUGCCUUGUAUGACUCUGGGAAACUGGGCCCCUCUACAGGGAGAGGGCAAGGACCCCGGCAGAAGGGCCGCAGAAACUUGUUGCACUCUCUGGAGGAGCAGUCAGAGCAGUCCAGUGAGAACAUCCACAACGACUAUCAGCAGCAGCAGCAUGCUACUUUUGACAUGUGUGCGAGUGGUGACGUCCCAGAGUCCAGUGCUGCUUGGAGGAAAACAAAUCCACGAGCAUCAAGCGGAUCCAACAGAGCAUCCGCCGAUUAUGACAUCGCUUUCAAGAGUGGUCCUUCAUCACUAAUUGAGCUGGAGCGAUAUGAAGAGGAUGAGGAUAUUGAUAUGCCAUCAUCUAGGGUGAUUCCUCAAACGCGAUUCACGCCCCGUGUUCUGUCCGAAUGCGAUCUGUGUGGCCCUCCACUAAAGCCCAUUGUUCUCGAUAACGAAGACUGGGAUAACCUCUGUAUUUGGUUCACUCAUAUCUGGCCAACCACUUCAAAAGAUGGUAAAGGCAUUAGCCCAGAUGACUUCCACUGGCACUGUCAUGCGGGACGAGCCAUGGGUCAUAUGGUCGACAUUCAGAACAACACGUUCUCAAGUGGCAAGAUUUUAUUGGGCUCGUAUAUGAAGAAACCUGUUCAGACGGAUCUUAACGCAAUUACCGUAUUUAACGUAGCAUCAAGUUGUGUGCGGGUGGAAACCGACAGCGCCAAGGAGGUCUACAACUCAGGGCAAACGUUUAUGACGUCUUGUGGACAAUCUUACAGCAUUCACAACUUGUGCCAGGAGCCUGCUGUUUUGUGGUACCACAGGAUGUUACCAAAUCACACAACGAACUGACUUGGAAGAAGCAGCACUGCAGGAAAUCAUGUCCUUUGGUACAAGUGUUCAUGGAUGUGAUAGGAUUAAGAUAUUGAUGUCACAUGAUGUAAAUAUAUUGUUGUUUUUAAAGUCUAAAAGGCUUAGUAUUUGCCUGUAGAGGGACAGUUCUGCUUGUUGUGAUUUUAUUUUAAUUAUUUUUUUUAUGUAAAUAACAUUGUUGCACCAUUACAGAUUGAAUAGGCAGUAUGACUCUCAUUGUUGAACUUGUUAUUUAAAGCAUUGCUUCCUGUUUUUAAUAUGAAGCAUAAAUGUUGGUGCAAUGUCCCUUUAAAAUGUCAAAUAAAUGAACUGGUCAGUAGGGGGCAUUGUAUCAUAAUGCAAGUCUUUGUUUAAAAAAAAAAAAAAAAUCCAGUGAAAUUCUAUAUAUUUGGAUAUUUGGCGAUUGUGGCUGAACGUAGAUCGGAGAAGUCCUGAUUAUCCAUCAGCAUCAGUAUGUGAAGUGGCCUCACAGCCUCUAGUGGGUAUUUAGGACAUGAACAUUAUUAGUAUUCAUCUCUAACAAUGCACCAGUGAUGAAUCUGCAUUGAAAUGUUUUCUAUUAGAAAUGAUUGAAACUCCA